CUGACGUGUCAGGUGGCUUCCACAGUAAACAAGGGUUUACCCCAAAUAGAGUGCUCCUUGCUGCUAAACAUGUUCAUUAAUUUGCUGAUAUAUAUUUUUUUGUACAGUUUCCCAUCAAAUUGAACACGAAUGCUUUAUAAAUAGCAUAUGUCUGAUGUGUUAAACUGAAGCUGAUGCAGUCUAGAUUUACGAUGAAUUUUGGUUCCAAAAGCAAGAAGCGGAUGGUUCUGCCGACCCGACCCGAACCGCCGACAGUGGAGCAGAUCAUGGAGGAUGUGAACCGAGCCUAUCCCAACGAUCCAGUGUUCGCUGUUUUACAAGAUUCUGUUGAAGAUUUGAAGGGCAGUUCCAGCAGCAGAGAAGUGGAGGCGAGAUACCUGCAGAGCAGGCGUUACAUAGAGCUGCACGAGCAACUCCAGGAGGCACGCAGUGACCUCGCACGGCGGAGAGACGAGCUGCAUGCAACCGGGGAGUCUUUGGAAAGAAAUGUGACAGAGGUGAAGACGUCGCACAGGGGCCCGAAGCAAGCACAAAUCUGAAUUUAUGAACCUGAGAUUUGUUUAUUCACUGGUUGAUGACUGGUCAUGGCCCUAGUGAAAGCAAAAUGGUGAUCAGUAUCAACAGAAGAAUCGUGAAUGUUCUUCAUAAUGGAUGUAUGGUGAAUAGAUAUGUUAAUUUAUGCAGGUUUUUUAUGUUUGGGGUACAACCCACUGAACAGACUGUACAAUCUCUCACAGAUUUCUUUACAUUGGCAUCAUUAAAUAUGGCUUAACAAAG